UGAUUCCCACAAAACAUGCCUCCAGGAAGUGGACCUCAGAGAGAGUGAUAAACAUCGAGCUUGUUGUGUGUCAGACUACAACAUGCAGCCGCGCUGAGAGACAACAGAGUCUGCGGUAGAUGUGUGACCGAAGUGAACCCAGCAGUUUCAGGCUCGUCAAACAAGAAAAAAAACAUGGAUCCGAAGACAGCUGUCGCCAUUGGAGUAGGAGCAGGCGCAGGAGCAAUGGCCUGACAAUAGUGGCUGCUGUCGGGGUUCCUAUAGUUCUGGGGGCCAUAGGUUUCACCUCAGCUGGAAUAGCAGCAGGCUCCUAUGCUGCUGGCAUGAUGUCGACUGCUGCAGUUGCUAACGGAGGAGGAGUGGUAGCUGGAGGUCUGGUGGCUACUCUGCAGGCAGCAGGUGCAGCUGGUCUGUCAGGAGCUGCCACUGCAGUUGUAACAGGCACUGGAGCGGUAGUGGGAUGGCUGGUCAGCGUCAUCCGUGGAAAAAAAGAUAAACAAAGAUAAAUGCACGAUAUUUUUUGCUUUUGCAAAUCAGCUCACUUGCUCAACAACGCUUUUGUCAUCUCUGACAACUGAAAUGUUUUUGUUUUCUGCCUCCAACAUCAUAAAUCAUAUCACACUUUUCAAUAUAUUUAUGGACAUGGACAUAGCUCCUGCAUAUGCCACUGGAUCUGGAGCUUCCCUAGGGAAAGGAGACAUUGGGUUGAGGCCCUUUAACCCUCAGCACUGGUGCCUCACACUGGCUCUUCUCCUUAUACACCAACAAUUACAACCUCUUAAUUUCUAAUCCUUGCAUUGUAAUAUAGUCAGCUCUUGACUGUCUAGUACUAUUGUGAUUAUUUAUUGUGUAUGUUGUGCUGCCGACACUGUAUACUGAGUGUUUUCUUCAGACUGAAUGCAUGAAAACAAAUUCAACUGACUGAUCGUGUGGCCAUUAAAGUGUAAUGAAGAGAAA